AUGAGUGCCCAGUCCACGCAGGAGAUUUGGCUAGUUUCGGCGCCGGGCGAGAAAACCCCACAAGAAACAUGGGAUCGGCUUCAGUCUACUACGAACUCGAUCAGCACGAAUUUCAAGUUCAAUGUUCCCGACUUGAAAGUGGGUACUUUGGAUCAGUUGGUCGGAUUGAGCGACGACUUGGCCAAAUUGGACUCGGCUGCUGAACAGUAAGUUGAUGGUUUAUAUUGUUAGUUUUUGUGUUUAGAACAACGAGAAAGCUGGUACAAUACUUUGCUGAGGUACUCGAAGAGGAGAGAGAUAAGCUGGUUGACAACUUGGUGAUUGGAAACAGUAAGUUUUUUUGCAUGCAAGGAUAAACCCGUUGAGUUCUUUAAAAUCAAAGAGGCAGAUGCUGUAAAUAAGAUAAUUUCGAUCUCUACGUUAACAUUUCUUCAGCGUUAUUUGUGGGGCUGCAGAAAAUUAGUUGUGGAAUUAUUUUUCUUGGCUUUUGGAACAUUUUUUUGAAUUUUUCAGUUUUAAUUUUUUUUUAAAUUAGCGUUGAAAUGAUUUAUGUCACGGCUAAUUUAAAUAUCGUUUUUUAGAUAAUAUUUUAUAAAUUUGUUACGAAUUAUAAAGCUUAAAUGUAGAAAGUAUUUUUCUUGAUAUAGCUAUGUUUACUCAGUUUUAAUUUAGUAACAUCAUGUUGGUUAAACUAUCUUACUCACAUCAAUUAAUUAUUCUUGGUUAAUUUUGUAUUUUUUAGAGGAUAUGCACACAUAUUUGACUCGUUUUCAAUGGGAAGGAGCUAAAUAUCCACUAAAACAAUCUUUGAAGGUGUUGAGUGAAAUCAUUGGAAAAGUAUGUUUCUUUUGAUAUUAUUGCUUUUUAAGUAACAUACGACCCAUUUAUCUAUUUUUUUAUAUUGGUUUUGUUGGAAAGUUUUACAAAAUUAUGUUUAUCCAUUGGUAUUAAAUAAUUUUUAAACUUUAUAAUGUUUUUUUAGCAAAUUACUCAAAUUGACAACGAUUUGAAGACUAAAGCUUUGAACUACAACAACUUGAAGAACACGUUGGCUUCGUUGGACAGAAAGGCGACAGGCUCAUUGAUUACUAAAGAUUUGGCUGAUUUGGUAAAGGCUGACGACUUUGUUCAGAACUCGGAAUACCUUCAAACUGUUGUGGUUGUUGUUCCUAAGUAGGUUUUUUGUAAAAUACGCGUUGGUAUGUACAUUUUGAAUUUCUAAUUUUAGGUAGCAAUUUUCUGUUUUUUUUAACGUUUUAAAAAGAUUUUUGUAGAGAUUGUUGUUUUGUUUUUGUUGGGCUAAUGUUAGUGCUUAAAACAAUUUUGGAUUUUUUAAAAAUUUUUGGGUAACAUUUUAAGAAGCUUUUUAUUUUUAGAUUGUUGACUAAGGAUUGGGAAGCUAGUUACUGGAGCAUUACCGAGUAUGUUGUUCCUGGCUCUGCCAAAAAGAUCACUGAAGAUGGAGAACAUUGUUUAUAUACGGUUACAUUAUUCAAGAAGGUUAUUGAUGAAUACAAGGGAAAGUGUCGUGAAAGAAAGUAAGUGUAGUUUAAAAUACGUAGAUUUUUAUAGUUAAAAAAUUAUUCUUUAUGAUAUAGGUUUGAUUUUCUUUUUUUCCUAGAUUAUUCAUGACAAGAUUUGGUUAUUUUUAUAGUUCUUGGACAUUUUUUGCUAUUUUUUUUUAUUUUAUUGAUUAUAAAUUGAACAAAAGGUUUAAACCAUUUGUUAAUACGCAUAAAACUUCCAGAUUCAUCGUACGUGACUUUGUGUACGAUGAACAAACGCUAAAAGCCAGCAAAAUGGACCGUGACAAGCUGGUCCAAGAGAAACAACGUCAGUAUGCGCCGUUGGUUCGUUGGCUCAAAAUCAACUUUGGUGAAAUCUUUUCGGCGUAUAUCCAUGUCAAGGCCUUGAGGGUAUUUGUGGAAUCGGUGCUUCGUUUCGGUCUGCCCGUCAACUUCCAAUCAGCUAUCAUGGAACCACAAAAAGGUGCACAGAAGAAAUUGAGAACAGAGCUGAACAAACUCUAUCAGCAUCUGGACGGUUCGGCCGCUGGGCCAAUUGAUGUGAGUUUUUUGGCAAAAAAGGGGAGUGGACGGUUUAGUUAUUUUUUAAUACAAAACAUGGCAAGAACUUUCUUUAAAAGACAGGGAAUGGCAAGAACUUUUUUUUCAAAACCGAAAAUGGCAAGAACUUUCUUUACAUAACAGAAAAUGGCAAUAACUUUCUUUUCAAAACUAUUUAUAGCAGACCUUUUUUACAUGCUCGAAAAUGUCAUUUUAAACCUAAUUCUAUCAAUUUCAGACCUUCGAAGACGCGCCAACCCUAGUUUCAUUGGGCGUUCACGACUAUUACCCAUACGUCUUUUUCAAAUUGAACAUUGACUUUUUCGAUAAGCGAUAA